AUGAUUCCAUAUCAGGAUGAUGAGUUUACCCGGCCCUUCACUGGUGCAGUGGAUGCAGAGCUCGACCAGGAGAUGCAUGUGGAAGUUCGUGUUGAGGGGGUCGACAGCCGCCAGUUUGCCCUGGUGAUGGACACGUGUCCCAAUCCAAAUGACGACACAGUGGAGCUGCUGCAGAACGGCGUCUCGACAUCCAGCCGUUUCUCCUUCAGGAUGGUCAUCUUCACUGCAAACUCCACUAAGCUUUACCUGCACUGUGCUGUUCACCUUUGCCUUCUGUCAAGCAAUCGCUGCUCAAUGGACUGUGACUCUGGACACAAGCGGAGAGAGGGCAGGUCUCUGGACUUCCAUGACAGUGCUUCCAUAUCCAUGGGUCCUCUGAUGUUGUCUGAAGGGAACACAGAUAAGUGGGUCCCAGAUCAAGUGAAGGUAUCUGAGGCUUCUUGUCUGUGUGGUUCUCUGAUGGUGUUUCUUGUUCCUCUGAUGAGUGUCCUGACACACUUUUAGUUUAGUACCACAAAAAAUAAAUAAAUAAAUAAAAAUUGAAACGUAUUAUAUGAAUGUUGUCUAAUGCCAUUUUAAUUGGCCCCACUGGGGUUUCUUAAUUGUUUCAUAACUGUUAUUUUACUCAAUCUAUUUUUUGCUUAUUGUUCUGAAUCUGAUACUAAUGAAGCCUAUGACAAAAAUGUGAUUUGCUCAGCUUUUUGUUUUUGUUUCUUUUUUUCUAAUGAAACUUACCCACAUUCAAGUGUUAAGGAAUUCAUGAAGCUAGAAUAUUUAUUAUUAUUAUUAUUUUUAAAGCAGAGGCUCUGUUCUUUCUUUUGAUAUAUAUGUUCAGACAUUAAUAUGACUUUCUUUUCUUAAAAACAUUGUAUUUUAAUAUGUUUUAAGGCAUGUAUAAAAAAGGUCUUAAUGAUCCAAAAAGUAAAUGAGGGGGGAAAAAAAUAAAUUAAUUUGAUGGUUGGCCUCA